AUCUUGUCAGGAGUGACUGAGUGAGGGAGGCAACUGUAGACGCUGUUUAAAAUAUCAUUUGUUUUUUAUUAACGCGUCAUAUUUAAGAGCCCCUUUCUCCCUCGACCGUAGUCAGCGACGAAGCGAGUGUCGACAACGAAUGACUUUGAGCUGGUGAAGCGAGAGGCUACGCAGCGCCGCUUUCGGGAGGAUGUCUCACAUACUUGUUCCGACGUAGGGGGAGUGUGCAGCAGCCAGUUGGCUUGAAUUGUUAGCUAGCUCAGUGAGUGGAGGGCUACGGGCCCUCCUCAGCUUAAAGUAACCCCUGCAGCUGGGCAGCCCAUUCUGCGACAACGGCCGUUCGACAACUGGACAACCGGGACAUUAGCGGGCCGAAAGCCGCGGAUCGGUCACCGCACGGGCUGCUGAUAAUCGUGUCUGAAGCCCUGCUGCUGGACAAGACGACACGAAGUGUGGCAUUGCGUUAUGAGCUCUUGAAACGCAACAGGAGUCCGAGAGAGGAAGAGGAUGGCGCAGAUACAUCUUGAUUACAGUUAGGUAGGCUAAAAAAAAAACUAGCUCCAGGUCUGCUGCUUAUUAUGCUCUAAGCUUUUAAAAGCUGCAGCCAGCUCGCCCCUUUUUGACUGAGGAUAAACAUAGCCAUACGGGACUUGGAUUCAGGCUGUCAAUAUGUCGAAAAUGCCGGCCAAGAAAAAGAGCUGCUUUCAGAUCACAAGUGUGACUCAGGCCCAGGUGGCGGCUGUAGGUGCCGCCGACGACACGGAGAGUCUGGACGAUCCAGACGAGUCACGGACUGAGGACGUGUCGUCGGAAAUCUACGACAUGCCACGGGGUGAUUAUGAGCCUGUGUGUGACAUAAGUUCAUCCGAAGAAGCUCUGAAUAAUGUUGUGGAGCCAGAGGCGGUCGGAGUGAUGCCACCAUCAAGCGUACCUCAUGCCAGUCAGCUGUCAGCGCUGUCAAGCAAUCCCUCUGGGGAGUUCAGAAAAGUGGGAGUGUCUGGUUCGAGUCAAGGUGGUCAGCAAGCACCGGGGAUCGGCGCUGGGGCUGGUUUACCCCUUAUCACUCAGGCUGGGCCAGUGCAGCAGCAGCCUGCUUCUGCAGCCAGCGCUGGGCCAGCGAGUGCGUCAGUGAACGCAUCCCAACCUGCUGCAGUGCCCAGUUCAGCUCCACCUCCUGCCACCUCCACGGUGAGUUGCUCCUCGCGGUUCAGGGUCAUUAAACUUGAUCAUGGUACUGGAGAACCGUUUCGGCGAGGCAGGUGGACGUGCACGGAGUUUUAUGAAAAGGACUCUGAGAGCUCUGUUGUUGGUCGGACUGUGGAUAGCAUGAGACAUGCCAACACAACACUGGACCCUGCUGCAGACAGAGACAGUGGGCUCGGGCUUACAGGAGGAUCUGCUGCAACCUCAACAACGCACUCGAGUCAUGGCUUGGGCUCCAUGGCGGACUCUUCUCUCUCUUCUAGUCGUGUGCACUCGGUGGAGGCGCAGCCACCGCAGCAGCAAAUCCACCAUCAAAACUACAGCGCCCGCCAACAAGGUGUGAGUGGGUCGGUCACGCACAGUUCUUUCUCCAGGCCUACGGCUGUUCCGGCUCAGCCAGCAGUGGUAGGUCUGCAGCCUCUUGUUCCACAGAACCUGCUGCCUGUCGAGCAAAACGGCCCGCCUCAAUCCGGUGUCCUCAUACAGAAGUCCCCCAUCAUGCCUCCCUCUGCCCAACCAAGUCCUUACCCUCCUCAGCAGCAGCAGCAACAACAGCUUCCUGUGGGCCAGCACCUGGCCGGCCAAUCACCUGGACUGAUGCAGAACCAGGCAGAGUACUAUCAGCAGCACCACUCUGCACCCCUGCCACCAGGGCUUGCCUCAGGCCAGCCCCACCCAGUGUCCAGCCAGGGACAAGGACCCACUUCGGUGAUGCCUACAGCCUCUGGAGGGGCAUCUGUGCCAAGUCAGGUUGGAGAUGUUCCUGGAGCAGCAGUAGGAGGAGUACUUCUACCUGCUGGACAGCCAGCUCCAACUGUCUUGCAGCAGCAGACUGUAGGGAUGGGAGCUGCUGGAGGCCCUGUAUUGGUUGCUGGAUCUGCUCUGAAGCAGCAGACUGUGAAUCUUUAUGCCACCGCUGGACAGCCUCAACCCCACGGCCACCCUCCAUCCUCUGGUGUACAAAACGUGCCUGCCAUUGCAGUGAGUUCCAGUGUACCCCCCACUGUGCCCACUGCUGUGCCCAGUGCCUCCAGUGCAGCAAAGCCAAAUGUGACAACCCCGAGUUUGCCUCCAGGUCAGAUAGCCCACAGCAACACUGCAGGGGCUUUGGGGCCACAGGGCCUCCCAGUGACUGCAUUUGGUCAGGUGGAAGUUGGUGGUGGGAGGAAGUCAGAUGGAACCAUCAACAUACAGUCUCCAGUUGUCUCUGUGAAGGAACCAGCGAAGCCCUUCAUGCCUGAGAGCCUGCAGCUCACCACUCCGACUGUCAACAGCAUAUUUGCAAUCCACAUACCUGUCGACGGGGAGGAGGACAGGAAUCCAUCCAAGGCUUUCUACCAGGCCUUCCAGUCUGGCAGCAGAUUAAGAGACUCAAAGGCGCACAUUGAUAGUGCCUCUGGAACCAAUGUUGUUGCCAUUGAUAAUAAAAUUGAACAGGCUAUGGACCUGGUGAAAAGCCAUCUGAUGUAUGCAGUGCGCGAAGAGGUGGAGGUCUUAAAGGAGCAGAUCAAGGAGCUGUACGAGAGGAACUCUGUGUUGGAGAGGGAGAACGCCGUGCUGAAAUCUCUGGCCAACAGUGAGCAGCUGUCUCAGCUGUCCACCCAGUCGACCAGCAGCUCGGGCGCCGCGGCUUCCCAGCCAGGACUCAGCCAACCUCAGCAGCAAGCCCAGCCGCUGCUUCAAGUUCAGCCUCCGUCGCAGUCGCACCCCCAGCUUCAGCACCACCCCCAACCCCAGCAGCUCCAGACUCAACCGCAGCUCGAUCCCAGCCAACAACUGCAACCCAACGUCACCUCUGCUUGAAAGCGCAUCAAAAACCAACAAAAGAAAAACAGAACAGCAUC